AUGAGUGCAAGUUAUACUUGGAUGAAUACAAAUGUACAUCUCCUGCCGAUUCGUAUCGACCAGAAGGUCGACAGGAAGGCGAAAAAAACGGUAUAUCUUCACAAAUACUAUCCACUGAUAGAUAUUUCAGCAUUCGGUGAUAAUUUAUACGCAUUCCCUGUGCCUACAACGGAUGAUCGUGAAAAAUGCUACGUAAACUCGAAACUAAUGAGUCCAGAAUACCAACGCCAAAGACUAGACUGGCAUAACCAGCCUACAGGGCCGCCUUCUAUAAAGCAAUUUAAUUUGAAUAUAAACGUCUACCGAACAAGUCAAUCAGUAAAACCUAAGGAUUUAAGAGUUGGCACAAUUAACCAACUGACAGUACCUCAAGACUGCAGAACCAUUGAAAUUUUACCCACUGAUAAUAAAGCUAAUCAAAAUCUAAUAGAAACAGAAUUCUUUAAUCAGAUUAAUACUGCAUUAGAGGACGUAAUGAAAAGAAAUAUACUAGAAGUUAUUCAUAAUAAAAAGAUGGAGGAUAUCAAAGAUAAUAAUGACAUAAGGCAAAGUAGAUCACUUGAAAAACAAUCCAUUUCAAGUAAUAAAAAGGAUACGAAUUCAAUAAAUUCAUGUCAUUCUAAAGUUAGACGUAAACGUGAGUCGCAAUCACUACAACCAAAUUAUUUGGAUGAAAGUAAUCAUAAAUCAACUAGAAACAGAAGUUAA